AUGGUGGCUGCUUGUCUCGAAUGGUUCCUGUGGAUUGCGGCAUUCCUAUACUGCCUAUGGAAAGUGUUUUGCAAGGCCGAGCACUGGACUGUUAACGUGUUGGCUGUCAUUGUGGGCGUGGCUUUCACGCUACUAAGACUGAUUUUCCUACCAAUAAUGCUUGUGACCCUUCCCCUUCCCAGCGCCGUCGUUCGAAUGUGGCCAGCCGACAUGGUCCUUGUGCUACAGUGGUUCGCCUUUUGGAGUUUCGCCGGUCUAUUGACCAUCCCAUGGCUUUUCUGUGUCUAUCAGAUUGUCACCCACCAACUCGGCCGAACGAAGCGAAUCAAGCAGGUGCUUGACGAGUUGUCUGCGCCAAAAGUGGUCGUUGUCAUGCCUUGCUACAGAGAAGACCCAGAAGUGCUUGUGACGGCUAUCAACUCGGUUGUCGACUGCGAUUACCCCCCGUCGUGCAUCCACGUCUUCUUGUCCUUUGACGGUGACCAGGAGGACGAGCUGUAUCUCAACACGCUCGAGAAGCUGGGUGUCCCGCUGACGCUGGACUCAUACCCGAAGAGUAUCGAUGUGACAUAUCGUGCUGCGCGUGUGACGAUAUCACGGUUUCCGCAUGGAGGCAAGCGUCAUUGCCAGAAGUUGACGUUUAAGCUGAUCGACCGAGUAUAUCAACAGUACCUCAAGCGCAACGAUAACCUAUUCAUCUUAUUCAUUGACUCGGACUGUAUACUUGACCGUGUGUGUCUGCAGAACUUUGUCUACGACAUGGAACUCAGCCCGAAAAACCGCCACGACAUGCUUGCUAUGACUGGUGUCAUUACGUCGACUACCCGGCGACACAGCCUCAUAACCUUGCUCCAAGAUAUGAAAUAUGUGCACGGACAACUGUUUGAGCGCACGGUCGAGUCCGGGUGUGGCGCCGUCACCUGCUUACCUGGCGCGCUGACAAUGCUCCGCUUCUCUGCUUUCCGGCGCAUGGCCAAGUACUACUUCGCUGACAAGGCAGAGCAGUGUGAGGAUCUCUUCGACUUUGCCAAGUGCCACCUGGGCGAGGACCGCUGGCUGACUCACUUGUUUAUGAUUGGGGCCAAGAAGCGGUAUCAGAUUCAGAUGUGCACGUCCGCGUUCUGCAAGACAGAAGCGGUACAGACCGUACGCUCGCUGGUCAAGCAGCGGCGCCGCUGGUUUCUCGGCUUCGUUACGAACGAAGUGUGCAUGCUGACAGACUGGCGCCUGUGGAAGCGCUACCCGAUCCUGGUUCUCGUGCGCUUUAUGCAAAAUACCAUCCGCACCACGGCGCUCCUGUUCUUCAUCAUGGUGCUGGCGCUGCUGACGACGUCAAAACGGGUGUCUAAUCUGCCUGUCGGUUUCAUUGCAGUGUCCCUGGGCCUCAAUUGGAUCAUGAUGAUCUACUUUGGAUUCAAGCUGCGUCGCUUCAAGAUCUGGCUAUACCCUCUCAUGUUUGUCCUCAACCCCUUUCUCAACUGGUACUAUAUGGUCUACGGAAUCUUUACAGCUGGCCAGCGCACGUGGGGAGGCCCACGCGCCGACGCUGCUGCAGCUGAUGGCGACAAGACGACUGUGCAGGAUGCCAUUGAGCAGGCCGAAAAGGCCGGUGACGAACUCAACAUCGUGCCAGAGUCGUUUGUACCAGCGGCCAAGGUGCAGCGCCGGAAGAGCAGCAAGCGGAGGCCUUCUGUCAGGGGAGCCAAGAAACCAUCGUUGGAUCUAGCAGUUACGACAGCGGGGCGUGUGCUAGGUGAUCCCAUGAGGGAAGGCUUCUCUGACGCAGACACAGGGGAAGACACUGGUCAUAGUUCCGGGGUCUCAGCAGGUGGCUUGAGAUUCAGCACGACAGUCGGCCGAUCGAAGAGUGGCCGCAGCCUGCUGCAGCCUCCGGACAAGGUCGAUGGCAUGUUUUCGGCGCCGGAGCGCACAGACUCGGGACUGUACCACUACUCAGACGACUCGGUUGGUAGUUUCAACAUGUCAAGGGUAGCAGGUGGAGGCAGUGGAGAUGAUCUGGCCGGAUCACCUCCCCGGACGAUUGGCGGCACCGGUACGGACGGCCAUUACGGAUGGAAUGCCCGCAAUGGCAAGCAAGCCUUAUAUGUACGCGAUUCGUUUGAGAGUUUUGUGUCGAGCCAGACGGCCGGUCACAACCCGGUGUACCUGCCGCGCCGAGUUGAGAGCCUUAUGAGUUACGAGGAUAGACGCAAGUACGAGAUGGCGCAGGCCGGCCAGCUGAGCGUCGGUGCAACGGUAGCUACGGCGGCAUCUUCGGCUGCAGUCCAUCAUCUGGCCAAAUACCGGAACCCGAGCCAGCAACAGCCAGGUCCAAAUGCACUGCGCCUGAUUACACCACCUCCAGGGCCGGUGUACGAGUACCACUCCGAGGCAGAGAUGCAGCAGGGUGAAUUCCUUGCCGGCAUGGACCCAAUCAGGACGGCCACACAGGCUGGUAGCCGAGAGAUGGAUCGAGGCGGCGAGGGCUUGUACAGCAUUGCGCCAGCACAACCAGCAUCGUCGGUGUCGACGCCACCGACGACGUCGCCGCCGAACCAGCCGCGACAGCCUUCAGGUCUGUCUCCACCUGGUGGGACUGGGGCUGGGCGAAGCUUUCUGGGCCGGAUGAGCUACGUGCAUGCAUCGACUUCGGACGAGGGCACCACUGAUGAGACACCCAGACGAAGUGGAAGAGAAGAAAAACCGGGACGGUCAAAGUAA